AUGACACCAGGGUUCAGUGGACUCAAGGAGCAGUUCUUGGGCGACUUCGCCACUAGAUUUCAGCAAUCUGGGUUUACCGUGCUUGUCUACGAUCCUCGGGGAUGGGGAGAAAGUGGGGGGGCGCCUCGAAACGAAGUAGAUCCUCAGAAGCAGGUCCAAGACUAUUAUGACGCCUUUGAUUUCGUGGCCGGGCUCCCGGACGUGGACCCUGGGAAGGUGGUGUACUGGGGAAGUAGUAUGUCUGGAGGUGUUGUCCUACAGGCCGCCGCAUUCGAUCCGAGAAUUUCUGGGGUGAUUGUUCAAGCCCCAUUUGUUUCGGCUGACGCCCAGGUCGGACCAGUGGCUUCUGCGAUGGCAGAUACCCUUUUUAAAGAGCGUGCAGCAGUGCGCGGGGGUAGCGGCCGACAGAUGCUGCCAGUGUUUCCUGAAACAAUAGAAGAAGCACGGAGCGGAACAUCGCAUGCUAUACUCAACCAGCCGGAAGCUUUCAUUUUCAUUGAUGAAUGCAACCGGCAGGGCAAGCACCUCGAGCGUUAUGUAACAGCAACCACCCUUCUGAAUGUCAUGACUUUCGAGCCUCGAAGUUUUAUCAGGAAGAUUUCACCUAAGCCUAUUCUAAUGGUGGUUGCCGAAAAUGAUCGAACUACCUCGGUCGAGUCUCAGCUCGAGGCAUAUCAAUUUGCGCAUGAGCCUAAAAAACUGAAAAUCAUCAGGAAUGCAGGGCACUUUGAGAUGUACUUUGGUGAAAAGUUUGAAGAGAACAUUGAGGCGCAGCUGGCAUUUCUGGACGAUUUAUUUUUUUGA